AUCAAACUUGUACUGCCGCACAGCGACCCUUCCGACGACCACGAGACGACUCGGAGAGGGAGAGCGAGAGAUGUGCACGCUAGAGAAGCGCGGCCGGGUGUACCUCCUCACCCUGACUGGCGACGGCGAGCACCGCCUAAAUCCUACCCUCCUCAACGCCAUCCGCUCCGCCCUUGCCCGGGUCCGCUCGGACUCCGCCCGUGCCGGCGGCGGAUCGGCUCUCGUGACCGCCGCCGAGGGCAAAUACUUCUCCAACGGAUUCGACCUAGCCUGGGCCAAAUCCUCCCCGGCCAACAGGACCACGAUCAUGACCUCUGCCUUUCAACACGUCGUCGCGGAUCUGAUGACCCUCCCCAUGCCGACGAUCGCCGCCGUGACCGGCCACGCCUCCGCCGCCGGCUUUGCCCUGGCGCUGAUCCACGACUAUGUGGUGAUGAGGAGAGACCGGGGGUUCCUGUACAUGAGCGAGCUCGACAUCGAGAUCCCGAUCGCGGAGUUUGUUAUGGCUCUGUUUCGGUCCAAGAUCGCGGAUCCGAGGGUCCGGCGGGAUGUGCUGCUGCGGGCGCCCAAGAUCACGGCAGCGGAGGCAGAACGGAAGGGGAUCAUCGAGCGGGCGGUCGGCGGAGCGGCGGAAGCGGUGGAGACGGCGGUGCGAAUGGGGGAGGAGCUGGCGGAAAAGAAUUGGAACGGGGAGGUGUAUGCGUCCAUCCGGAAUGCGGCGUUCCCGGAGGUGUGCAGGGCGCUGGAAUUGGCUGAGGAGGGCGACGAGGAGACGAAAAGGUUGGCGUCAAAGCUUUGAAUUGAAUCCCCUGAUUAGGAAAAAGUUAGAUUGCACUUAUCACGAUUAGAUUCAAAUAUUAUGUGUUAAGCAUAUCAUAUUAUGGUUUCAACGCUUCUCUAAGUACUAUCCUGAUGACUUUAGGAAGAUGUCGAUGACAACUUUUGGCUGCUUUUUUUUUCCUCUUUCAAAACUUGGGUUUUUAUAUAUUUUUAGUUCUAUCUUAUAUGGGUUUAUUUUUCA